AUGAAUUCCAACGAAAAAAAUAAGUCAUUCAAAUCAUUUAUUCUCAUCACUGUCAUACAAGUGCUCAGCGCAUAUUAUCUGUAUCGCUUUUUCUUCAUACCACCUGAUAUGCCAGCACUUGACACUGAACAAUGGUGGGGCCCGUACCCUAUGGACUUGGACCACGAUAAAUCAAUAAGACCGCUAACGAUAGAAUUUUCUGAUGUGAUGAUAAACGAUCUACGCGAGCGACUUCUCCACCGAAGACCCCUACAGCCACCCUUAGAAAAUGUUGGAUUCACAUACGGCUUCAACCCAAGAUAUUUAAACCAAGUAAUGGAAUAUUGGCAUAACAAAUACAACUUUAAGGAGAGGGAACAGUUUUUGAACCAAUACGAUCACUUUGUAACCAAUAUCCAGGGUUUGGACAUACAUUUUAUGCAUAUAAAACCUAAGAACGUUGCUGGUCUUGAGGUGGUUCCUCUAAUCAUGCUGCAUGGAUGGCCCGGUUCAUUCAGAGAAUUCUAUGAUGUCAUCCCAUAUUUAACAGCGGAACAGCCAGAACAAAAAAUCGCUUUUGAAAUCAUCGUACCCAGCUUACCGGGUUUUGGUUACUCACAGGCCUCGGUGAGACCAGGUUUGGGUCCAGCUGAAAUGGCGGUGAUCAUCAACAAUCUCAUGAAGAGGAUCGGUCAUGAUAAAUAUUACAUACAAGGUGGAGACCUAGGGCACACUGUUGGCUCCAUCAUUGCUACUGCGUUCCCUGAAAACGUAUUAGGAUUUCACACAAAUUUCCCGGUGCUUCUAUCUCAUAGAGCUGCUCUCUUAUAUAUAACUUGUGGCUCUUUGAUUCCAUCUCUAAUUGAAACGAAAGAAUUGCAACCCCGCCUGUACCCGCUAUCCGAGCACUGGUCUAGACUCAUUGAGGAGUCAGGGUACAUGCACAUUCAAGCCACAAAACCCGAGACUGUCGGUGUGGGACUAUCAGACUCGCCUGCAGGCCUAGCAGCUUACAUUCUAGAAAAGUUUUCAACUUGGACAAAUCCUGGUAACAAAAAGGCUGGUGACGGAAACCUCUUAAAGAAGUUCUCUUUGAAUCAGCUAUUGGACAAUCUGAUGAUAUACUGGGCCACUAACACUGUGACAACCAGCAUGAGGGUGUAUGCUGAAUCAUUUAAUGAAAAACAAAACUUUCUUAUUUUCGACAGGAUACCAACAAAUGUUCCGACAUGGGGUAUAAAAUUUAAGUAUGAACUGAUGUACCAACCGGACACCGCAUUAAGUUUCAAAUACAAGGAGUACUUGCAGAGUACUGUGGUGGAGGACGGCGGUCACUUCGCUGCCAUGGAAUAUCCUGAACUGAUGGCCAAAGACAUCACACAAGCUGUGAUUAAAUUUCAAAAAUUUUGGAAUUUCGAAAAACAAGAAUCUAACGAAGCACCGCCUCUCCACGAGACCGCAAGAACAGUAUACGAAUUUACAGUUAAAUCAAUAAACGGACGCGACGUCAAGCUGUCAGAUUACAAAGGGAACGUGCUGCUCAUUGUCAAUGUAGCCUCUCAGUGCGGCCUUACGGCCACCAACUAUCAACAACUCAACGAGCUACACGAAAAGUACCACCAGAAAGGUCUACGUAUACUGGCCUUCCCGUGCAACCAGUUCAACGGCCAAGAACCAGGUACAGCUAAGGACAUUCUGAACUUCACAAAAGACAGAGGCGUUAAAUUUGAUCUGUUUGAAAAAGUCGAUGUGAACGGUGACAACGCGCAUCCGCUUUGGAAGUUUCUGAAGAAGGCGCAGAGCGGGACGAUUGGUGAUUUUAUCAAGUGGAACUUUAGUAAGUUCGUAGUCGACAGAAACGGCGUGCCCGUCGAGAGAUACGCGCCGCAUGUCAAUCCACUGGAUCUGGAAAAGGAUUUGGCCAAAUAUUGGUAAUACAAAUGUCGUUGGACAUAUAAAAAAAUUUUAAUAUAGCAUUUUAAUAUGUGCCAAACAUUAUCUAAUUAAUAUAUUUUUGUUAUCGAGUUCAUGACAGCUUAAAAGCUAAUAAACGUAAUAUAUAUUAAAUCCGCAAAUCGUCUUUUCGCAUUAAAAGUGUACAAUUUCCAAAAAUUUUCGAAAUUGAGUUAAUAUGCGGAAUCA